AUGUGGUCUUUCGACCUGUCGGAAACCGUGGCCAAGGCCAACAACGCCCAUUUCGGCCCCAACGCACUCAUUGAUGCACUCUACAUGCUCGUCUCGGCGGGAGUCCUCGCCCUCCAGUUGGCAUGGCUGUACCGUGUCUACAGCACCCAACCGCCCGUUCGCUCCUGGGACUCGAUGGGCCUGUACUUUAUCUACUGGGCGAUCAACAUGGCGCAAUACCUCCUUGCAUGCUACAUGGUCGUGCUCCCGUUCAAAAUCGUGCGCGGCUGCCUCCAGGCUAUAGAGGGGAGCAUCGAGCCGGCAAGGGCCGUUGGACGGCUGGUGAGCACGUGGACGAGUGCUUAG